UCUCAGCAAUCCGAACGGGUGCUGCUGUCUUUCUUGAAUACCCGGCGUUUCUCCACUGCCCGCCCACCCUCUGACGCCGGACUUUUCAAAAGCGACUUCCCACUCCCAAUAUCCCGGCCUUCAUCGGGAAUUCGAGUUGCGAAGUCGACUGAAACAUUUGCGCUGUCCGCUGUUGUCUUGUCAAUAACUUUCUCUGUCGUCCCUUCCUUUUCCUCUCGGCCUGCUGCACCUGCACCAUCCAUUGGAGACAACAACACCACUCACCAGCUGCCAGUUUCUCCCACAGCUUUUCCACUGUUUCUCCAUAACACUCUCUCGCAAUGUCUGCCAAAUCUAUCCUCGAAGCCGACGGCAAGGCCAUCCUCAACUACCACCUCACCCGCGCUCCCGUCAUCAAGCCCACUCCCCUCCCGCCCUCGGCCACACACAACCCCCCGUCCAAGCUCGCAUCACUGUACUUCCCAGCCGAUGCCGACGUCAAGGGCGUGCUCGACCAGGCCGAGUCGACCUACCCGUGGCUGCUUGCUCCGGGUUCUAGGUUCGUCGCGAAGCCUGACCAACUUAUCAAGCGGCGAGGCAAGAGCGGUCUCCUGGCUUUGAACAAGACGUGGGCCGACGCUCGGGAGUGGAUCGAGGCUCGGGCAGGAAAGACACAGAAGGUCGAGACUGUCGAUGGUGUCCUGAGGCAGUUCUUGGUCGAGCCGUUCGUCCCCCACCCGCAAAACACAGAGUACUACAUCAACAUCAACUCGGUGCGAGAGGGUGAUUGGAUCCUCUUCACCCACGAGGGUGGUGUCGAUGUCGGUGAUGUCGACGAGAAGGCUGAGAAAAUUCUCAUUCCUGUCGACCUCAAGGAUUACCCAUCCAACGACGAGAUCGCCGCCACACUUUUGAAGAAGGUCCCCAAGGGUGUUCACAAUGUCCUUGUCGACUUCAUCUCCCGGUUAUACGCUGUUUAUGUCGACUGCCAGUUCACCUACCUUGAGAUUAACCCUCUCGUCGUCAUCCCCAACGCGGAUGCUACCUCGGCGGAGGUUCAUUUCCUGGAUCUUGCUGCGAAGCUUGACCAGACUGCUGAAUUCGAGUGCGGUGCAAAGUGGGCUAUUGCUCGCAGUCCCCAAGCCCUCGGUAUUUCCGCAGCUCCAUCAAAAGACUCCAAGACCACCAUUGAUGUUGGGCCUCCAAUGGAAUUUCCUGCUCCUUUCGGUCGUGAGAUGAGCAAAGAAGAAGCCUACAUUGCUGAGAUGGACGCAAAGACCGGUGCCUCUCUCAAGCUCACCAUCCUCAACGCAACUGGCCGUGUCUGGACCCUUGUCGCUGGUGGUGGUGCUUCCGUCGUCUACGCCGAUGCCAUUGCCUCGGCCGGCUUCGCCAGCGAGCUCGCCAACUAUGGUGAGUACUCUGGUGCUCCCACUGAGACUCAGACCUUCCACUACGCCCGCACUGUCCUCGACCUCAUGCUUCGCGCCCCCAAGCAUCCCGAGGGCAAGGUCCUCUUCAUUGGUGGUGGAAUUGCCAACUUCACCAACGUCGCCUCAACCUUCAAGGGUGUAAUCCGCGCUCUGAGGGAAGUUGCUCCCCUUCUCAUUGAGCACAACGUCCAGAUCUGGAUCCGUCGUGCCGGUCCCAACUACCAAGAGGGCCUCAAGAACAUCAAGGGUGUCGGCCAAGAACUCGGCCUUAAUAUGAAGGUGUACGGGCCCGAGAUGCACGUCUCGGGUAUCGUGCCAUUGGCGCUGGUUCCCGGCAAAACAACGGAUAUCAAGGAGUUCUCUGGUUAAGGCGUUUGUGUGUACACUACCGUAGCGUUUGUUGUUUGGGCUUUGUAGGUUCUCUGUCCGGCGGAUGAGUUGGGCUGGCUUCUAGGAUCAUGGUUAGACAAAUAGUCACGGCUAUGAAAAGGGUUGCGGGGGUUUGCAGUUGUUUGCAGGCCAGGUGUGUGUGCUGGUGUGAUGGGUGGUGAUGAGGGCGUCUAAGCCUUUGCAGUUGGCGUGCAUUAGAUAGGCGCUGUGAAUAUAAGAUUAAUAUCC